CCUUCCUUCUCCGGCGUUGCGUUUGUUUUGAUCGGAAGCCUUUGAGCUUCCGAGGUUUUGAUGCUUGAGCCGCUGGGCUCUCCGGCCGCUGAAGCAUGCUGGAGCUGGUUUCUGCUCCCUCCUCCAAUGACCCUUCGGGUUUGUUUUUUCAGAUCCGGCGACCCUCGGUUCUUUCCUGUUGAUCUUGGUAGGGGCUCGUUGGUUUUUUCUUUUGUUCUGUUGGUGCAGAUCCGGCGGCCUUCUUUCUCCUUCGGCGGAUUUGAGGUGGCGCGCGCGUGGGCUACCAGAUCUGACGCCCACCGCAGCUCUCCUGCUGGCUCCGAGGGACUUCCGCCGCCAGAUCGGGUGACCGCCCGGCAUCCUGGAGCCUGGUGCUAUUUCUUCAAGGGUUGAUAGAAGGGUGUCUCGUAUGAAUCGAUCGACCGAAGGCCGUGGUAUUUCCGAGGUCGUUCGUGGUUGUUCGAGUGCUGAGUGCACCUCCCUUCAGUCUUUGGAUAUGGGUCUACUCUGAUCUUUUGUUCCAGUUGUUUUUACUAUUUGUUAUCUUUGUAGAUGUCAUAUGGCGGUCUUUGUAAUGAAACCAUUCCAUUAUCCUCAAAAAAAAAAGAUGAUCCUUUGGAAUCUAAGAGAUUUCUGCAGAGUAAAGUGAGACUGGAUUU